AUGGCACAACUGUUUUCUCUCCUCUCUCCUCUCUACCCUCUACCAUCCUUAAAUAGGGUGAUCAGAAAAGUGUUCAUUCAGACAGUAGUGCUUGGGCAGCCUGCUGGGGCUGGUGCUGGUGGUAUUCAAUGUGGGACAACAAUGUUAGCUUUGGAAAAGCAGUAUUUAAAAGAGGAAGUCAAGAACGCACCAUACGUGUCUCUCCUGCUGAGUUUCUCUCCAGUCCGUACCGCCAUUCCACUCUCUCCUCCUCCACUCCAGCAAGAAAAAUCGUAUGGUUCGGGCAUUGACUUCCUAAUCAUGGACUUUUAG